AUGGAGAAUCCCCCCCUCCCAGCCGAUCUCCACCUCCUGACCCUCAACUGCUGGGGUCUCAAGUACAUCUCCAAGCUCCGCCCCGAGCGCCUCGCGGAGAUCGGCCGCCGCAUCGCCUCCAGCCCGGACCCGCCCCAUGUCGUCGCCCUCCAGGAGUGCUGGGUGACGGCCGACUACGAGGCCAUCCGCGCCGAGACCCGCCGCGUUCUCCCGUAUGGCAAGUUCUACUACUCGGGCCCUUUUGGCGGCGGCCUCGCCAUCCUCUCCCGCUGGCCCCUCGAGGAGAGCUCCAUGAUCCGGUACCCCCUCAACGGGCGGCCCACGGCCUUCUGGCGCGGCGACUGGUACGUCGGCAAGGGCGUCGCGUGCGCGCGCAUCCGCGUCCGCCUCGCCGACCCGUCCUCCCCCCGCCCGGGGGCCGCCACUGAGCACACCCUCAGCGUCUUCAACACCCACACCCACGCUCCCUACACCGAGAACCGGCCCGGCGACACCUACCUCGCCCACCGCCUCGCCCAGUCCUGGGAGAUGGCCAAGCUCCUCCGGGGAGCCGCCGAGCGCGGCCACCUCGCCCUCGCCAUGGGCGACUUCAACAUGCGGCCCCUGAGCCUCCCGUACCGCAUCGUCACUGCCCACGCCCCCGUCCGCGAUGCCUGGCGCGCGCUGCACCCGGACUCGUCCCUCGGCGCCGUCGACGACCCCUUGGAGACGGCCCGCGGCCGGCCCGUCCCGACGGCGGACUUCAACCUUGAGGAAAACGGCGCCACGUCGGACCACGCGUACAACACCUGGCGCUGGCCCAAGGAGCAGCAGAAGAAUCUGGGAAAGGGGAGAGAGAAGGUUGCCGUGUCGCCGGACGCGCCGGACAGGAAGGGGAAGCGUCUGGAUUACAUCUUCUUCAGCAGCGCCCCGUCCCGAGACGGCGAGGGCGGGGAAUGGGUCGUGCGCAGUGCGCGAGUGGGUAUGGUCGAUCCGCACUCUACGUUAGGCUGCUCCCUGAGUGACCAUUAUUCCGUGGAGGCGACACUGUCGUAUCGUCACUCCCGUCGUGCGCCCGGCGAUGACACCGCCCCCGAGAAGACGCCCCGCCUCCAAGAUGCAUUAGGCAGCUCUCAGCGGGGGUCCCUCUUGUCCGUCAACUCGGCCGAAAGCGCAUUCCUCCCCAUACCAGUAUACGACGAUAUUCUCUCCGAGAUACGACGCUAUGCCCGUCGGGAAGAGAGUCAGCGGAGCUGGCGCGCAAUGCACUUCUUCGCCUGGCUCGCCGUGUCAAUAGCAUGUCUCAUCGCCGUCUGGUUCAGCCCACACAACGCUGUUGCCUUCAUCCUCAUGCUUCUGAGCAGUCUCGGUUUGGUCGCCGGAGCCGUGGACGGCCUCAUGUCACUCCUCUUCUUCAACUCGGAGCUCAGGGCCUUGAAGGAGUUUGAGUGGGAAGUCGCCAAUGCCAGAGACAUAGCGAGCCGUGCUUCUGGGGAGGUGGAGAGGGGGAAAUCCUCUUGA